AUGAAAUAUCUUGUUUAAAAUAUAUGCUACUUAUUAUUAUAGACAGUGCUGACCUAGACACUGAUAGAUACGUUCAACUAGGUGGAUAUCAAAGGAAUAGAGUUUGAUUGGAGCGCAAGGACACUUCCUAUAGGAGAUUAAUAACUUUUAGUUGCCUAGAACAUUAGAGGCUAUGAUUAGUUAUUCUAAAUCCAAUUAAUGAUAAUAGACAUUGGGAAAAACGAAGUUGUAAAACAAAUAACCAUAGGAGGAGUUGAAGAGAGCAAAUAUUGUCCAGAUAUACUUCUUAUGAAUAAUUAAAUCUUUAUAGCUUUUGUAAGUGAGAAAGGUAGUGCUUUAAAUGUUGUGAUGAAAAAAUUUAGUUUAUCUCUAGAGGAAACAAAUGUAGAAUUAAAUUUAGGUACUACUAUAUAGGAAGUUAAAAUUAUAUAAAAAAUUCAAUUCAUUUAUAUAAAUCAGUUAAAUAAAAAUUUAUUAACAGUUUUAUGGUAUUCAUAAGGAAAAGAAUAUCCUACUAAAUAAUGGAAUAUGAUAUUGUAUAAUCCAACUACAGGAGAUAGAGGUGAUAUAUUGAUUUUGCCUGAUAGUGAAUUUGUAUCAGUUGCUUAAAAUAAAUUAGGAAUUAUUGCAAUAGCCUAAUCCAACAACAAUUACAUAAUAUUAUCAAAACUAUUUGAAGGAAAAUUAAUCACAAGAUCAAUUCCCACAUUGAUAUAUUUUGCUUAUCAACAGAAAAUCAAAAUAUACAGUUUGUCCUCUAAUGAAUUUAUUGUUCUUACCUGGAAAAACACUUUUGAAUUUAAUAUAAGAAGGUUUGAUAAAGAUUUUGAAGCUAAUCAGAGUCCAUAUGGAAUUUAAACUAAAGAAUCUUGUACUAUUGAUAGAAUCUAAUAGAUUGAUGUAAGUUUUACUGAUUAUUAAUUAAUUUUGGUAAGCAAAUGCUAAGAAGAGAUAAAAAUAUAAUAAAUUGACUUAUUGAAUGUUCAGAAUAAUAAAUACAUUACAAAAUAAUAUAGGUAAAUUGAUGUGGAUGACACAAAAUAGAGUAUUCAGUCUAUUUAAAUUGAUUAAAUUAAUCAUACUAAAUUAUUGCUUAGAUGGUUUACUCCACAAUUAUCCUACUAUGCAUUAAGUGUUCAACUAAUAGAUAUGAGCUUAAAAAUUAAUGAAUGUAUAUAGAAUUGUGAUAUAUGUGAUAAUCUAAUUCAGUGUCAAGAAUGUAAACAAAACUACUAAUUGGAUAGAAUUAAAAAUCGUUGUACUCCUAUCUGUCCUGAUAAUUGCUUAUAUUGUUCCGAUGCUUCUUACUGUGAUAGAUGUAAGUUGGGAUAUUAGUAUACUAAAGAAAACUUAUGUGUGAGCCCGACAAAUGAUUUUAUGGAACUGAAAGUAAGCAGAGAAGCAGAAAUUAAAGGCAAAGGAAAAAUAAUUAAUAAGGAUCUCUAUAUUAUUGUUAUAUAUAGUGUUUUUUAAAACGAUUAGCAAUCAUAUUUGGUCAUUAGAAAACUGGACAAUCAAGGAUAACUAUUAAAGAAAGUGGAACUCUAAUAAGAUCAAUAAACAUUACUUGAUUAUGAUAUUGCUGAUUCUUUUGAUGAUCAAGUCUUUUUCAUAUUAAUUAAGUGGGCUUCAGUUGAUGGAUCAACUAAAACAAUCAAUUACUAUUACUAUUUAGAAGAUUUAACAAUUAAAGGGUAAUCAUUGAUAACGGAAGGUUAGCCAAUAAUUUAAGGAGAUCAAAUAAAGAUCAUCAAUUAUAAAAGUCAGAGCAUACUAUUUUUUUAUUUUGUAAAAGAUAAAGAUUAUUAUUCGCUCUUAUAUAGGAAAAUGGAUUAAAAUGAAGCUUAUUCUAAUUACAGUUCUUAUCUCCUAUAUUCAAAAGGUGAUAUUGAAAUGACAUCUUUCAGAAAUUCAAUUAAUUAUCAUUUUAUAACAAUCAGAAAUCUUGAUUCUUAUUACACUUGUAAUAUUUUAGAUACUAAAUUAUCGUGUACUUAUGCGACUAAUUAAGAUAGAAUCGAAUUUUUCUCAUAAAAAAUCAUUAAAAUUGAUCAAACUUCAUUAUAUUUAGAACAUGAUUGUUAUUUGAACAGAUAAUUAUACAUAAACAAUACUGAUAGCAAUAAAGUUUAACUCACAUAAUCAUCAAGAUAUCCAUAAAAUCAUACAUUCAUUUAGAUUGGAGAAAAUGAUAUUAUUGUUCUAUGGUCUGGAAUUUCAAAUAUCCAAUAAAGCAACCCAAUAUAUCAUAUCUACAUUUAAGGUUUUUCUAAAAAAUCUAAUUAGAUCACUAACUUAAAGUCGUUUACUUGUUCUCCUGCCUGUUUCAAAUGUUCAGAAACUGGAGUAUGCAUACAAUGCAAGAAUAGUAAUUACAAAUUGCAAAAUGGAAAAUGUAAAUUAUUAUGUAUUAAUAAUUGCGAACAAUGUUCAAUAGAAGAUCAAUGUUUAAAAUGUAAAUUAAACUAUUUCUUGGAUUCUAAAUCAUAAUGUGUUUAAACAGAAAAAAAUUACAUUAUACAAAAAGAGGGUUAUUUGUAUCCAACAAUAACUUAAAAUUACGAUGGCACAGUUUCAAUUGCAUCAUUGAAAAAUAAUGGAACUAAAUAUGAUGUUGUAUAUGAAGAGUUUAAUAGAUAAGGAUAAUCAAUAUCAGGAGAAAUCAGAAUUUCAAAUGAUAGUAAUUUAACAAUUUUAUUACAAUAACCUAAAUUGAUUAAACAAGAUUAAUUUAAUCUAAUUUAGUAUUUAGUCAGAGAUGAAAUUAAUAAUUAAUAAAUAAAAGCCAUUUUCGUUACACUAGAUUAACAAUACCAUAUCAUUUAAAAUAAUAUUUCACUAGUCUUAAAUUAAGAUAUUUUGAUGGACAUCCUCAUGAUUGAUAACUAAUUGUGUGUUGUUUUUACUGAUAGCACUACUUCUUCCACUUAUUUAAAUGUUAAUUUUUAUACAACAAGACUGGGUUAUAUGAUAAUCUAAACUUAAAAUUACUAUGGAAAUGUGUUUACUUUCACAAAGAGAUACUAAAAUUUAAGAUUAGAAAAUCUAGCCAAUCAAAAUAAAUUUUCUAUAUAAUUUACUGAGAUAGAUGCAACUGAUUAAAUAGUAUACUUGUAUGAUUAUGUAGAAGUAAAAUUAACAAAGUCUAUAAUUACAAGUUAUUUUGUUAACUACUUUACAUAUCUAUAGUUGUUUUCAGUUUAAUAUAAAGCUAUUAGUAAUAAGAAAUUAAAUUUACAAUUCUUAAAUUAGAGAGGAAAACUAUUAAACACUGUGAUUCUAGAAUCAAUAAAUGAUUUAUCUUAAAUACAAGUUGUGACAUCGUUAUCCUAUAUUUAUCUAUUGUAUGCUGAAUCACCUCAAUAAACAAUAAUAAAUAUAAAUGUUAAAUAAUACGAUCUGAAUGGAACCUAAACAGCUGAAACUCAAAUAAAUUCAAAUGAACAAUCUAUUGAUUUUUUAAGUGGAAAUAAUUAAUAAAAUGAAUUCCUCUAUGUAACUUGGAGUACUCAAAAACAUAGCAAAUCAUAUAAAAUAAGAUUGAAUUAAAGAUUAUAAGCUAUCCCAUUUGAUGAAGAAAUUUGUGUUUCUCAUUGUGGAGAUUGUUCCAACAAUAAUGAAAUUCUAUGUACUUAGUGCUUAGAUGGGUAUACAUAUGAUGAAGAAAAAUUAAAAUGCUCGCCUAUUUGCUUAGAUAACUGUUAGAAAUGUACAUAACCAUAUACAUGUGAUUAUUGUAACAAUAAUUUUAAGUUCGUAGACAAUAAAUGCUUAAAUGUUACUCAAUAUCAAUUAGAAAUUCCAUUUUGUCAAUAAACAUGUAAUGGAAUUGGUUCAAUAUUAAGUUUUAGUGAUAAUUCCAUGAUAACAACCUUUUAUAAUUAUAAGAAUUCAUAACAUAGUUUAGAUUCAAAUAUAUAUUAAUUUGAAUCUAGUGUUAUAACGACUAAAUAAUUGAUUUCUUCAGAAACACCAAUUGCUUAUCAUAGAAUUUAUGAAUAUGAAUCAAAAAAGUUUGCCCUCAUCUGGUUAAGUGGUAAUUGUAAGGUAUCAUGUAGAAUGAUGUUAUAAUUAUUCCAAAGCAGCUUUGUAAUUAUCACAAAUCCGAUUGAAUUGAGAUUGAUUAAAGUUCUAAAUAUUGAUGAUUUUGAAAUUCAGAUCAAAAUAUUUAAUACUAACUUUGUGAUAGUUUGGACUGAAAUAGACGAGAACUCCUUUUCCUAAACAUAUGUUGGAGUGUAUAAUACUGGAAGUGGGUUUUCGAUAAAAUAAAAUAUAAAUGAAAAUUAAGAUGAUAUUUCAAUUAAUCCAUAAUUAUUGAUCUAGACCUCAUCUUAUCAAAUAAUCUAUAUUAAAAACAAUAAUAUUAUAAACUCAUUAACUAUUGAUAGUACAACUGCAAAAUACAAACAACUAUAUUAGAGCACAAAUUAGAUUGACUCCAUUUCUUCAGAUAAUAUGGACAGCAGUGGAUUAGCUAUUGGUUGGAUAGAAAGUUAACUUAACUAUUUAGGAAUACAGAGUUAUUAUGCUUAUAUAUAAUGGUUUGAUAGAUAGUUGAAUCAAUAAGCAACUAAGAGAAUAGCUAUAAACUCAUACGUUACAAUUAAGAGUUUAUAUCUUAAUUAUUUUCCUAAUUCAUAUAUAUAAUUAACCUACAUUUAAAUUGAAAAGGGGGAGUAACAAAGAAUAAGAGUAUUUUUUGCCACCUUAUCCUUCCUAAAAUCUGGAUCAUCUCAAGAAAUGGUGACAUCUCCGUUAAAUAUAUUAAGUUAGUAUUAAUCAAAUACAAAAUUAUUAACUUAUGUAGAUACAAGAAAUUAAAUGUCAUAUGUUGUAUUCUAAGGAGUAAUGAAUAAUGUGAAUUAUAUAUUCUUUAUUCAAAGUAAAGGAUCAUACCUAUAUCAAGAUAAUUGUGAAACAAAUUGCUUUUAUUGUAAUAAUAAGAAUAUAUGCGUAAUUUGCAAAUAAGGUUAUACAUUACAGAGUAAUAAAUGCAACUUAAAAUUACCAGAUUAUUGUUCUAGUGGAAAUAAUGGAAGAUGUUCUUAAUGUGCUUUAGGUUACUCUGUCACAUCAGAUUAUAAAUGUUAGAUUAGCGAUUCAAAAUAUUAAGAGAUUAAAAUGAGUGUCUAUCCAGCUUCAAGUAGAUAAAGAAUUUCUACAUUAUCUAAUGGAGAUUAUGUUGUUGUAUGGUCAACUCAAUUUUAUCAAAAUGAAGGAACAGGAAUUUACAUGUCAUUGUACAAUUCUCAAGGAGUGUUAUUGAAAGAAUAAAUGAGAAUAUCUGAAUCAUCAGCAGGAAUUCAAUAAUAUCCUGAUGUUUAAGUAAUGAGCAAUGAUUAAAUAGUCGUUGUUUGGAUAGAUGGUAAUAUUUUAGUAAAUGCUCAUAUCAAGAUGUUAAGAUUUGAUAAAGAUUUCUUAAGAAUUGGAAGUGAAACUAUCAUAUAAUCAGAUAUUCAUCUUUAUUAUGCCUAAUCGUAUGAUACUCCAGUAAUCAUUUAAUCAAUUAUUAAUGGGUUUGUUAUAGUAUGGGCAGAAUAAGGAAAUCAGAAAUAAAUAUCAUUAAUUGCUAAAUUCUUUGACAAUAAUAAUAAUUUGCUUAAUACUUAAGUUAUCACUGAAAAUGAAUAAAUAAUAAAUGAACCUGUUGUUGCAUCAUCUUAAUCUAUUAUUGUGAUAUCUUGGUAAACAAAUAAAGGUGUUUUCGCUAGUUCAUAUAGUGUAAAUCAAGUGUUGAUAGAUAAAGUAUAAUUAUCAACAACAGGAGAAGCUCCUGCAAUCACAUCUUCAGAUACAUUCAUAAUUAUUGUUUGGAAAGAAUAUGUCAUUGAUGAGAAUGAUUUUAUGAGUUAGAAAAUCAGAUUCAGAAAAAUCUCAACAGAUUUAAAUCAAUAUCAAAUUUAGAGUCAUUUUGGUGUUUAUUAAGAAAAUCUAGAUAAUCCUGAUGUGAUAUCAAUUGAUAAUGGAUUUGCCAUUAUUGCUGAAAGCGCAUCUGUAUUAAAUGAUAAAGUCAGAACUAUCUAAAUGUAAUUGUUUAAUUUAGAUGGCUCAACAAAAUCGCAACCAGUGAUUAUUUAUUCUGUUUCAAACCUAUACCCACAUCAUCCCUAAUUAGCAAGCUAACCAUAGGGUAAUUUCAUAGCUUCAUGGACAGUCAGUAGUCUAAUAUCAUAAAUUUUAAGUGAUGAUGUCUAUAUGAAAAGAUAUAAGAGUGAUGGCACCUAAUUAGCAUUAAAUACAAUCGUUUGCUAAAACAAUUGCUAGACUUGUUCAACUAGUAAUGUUUGCUAAAGUUGUAAAUCAAAUUAUGUUCUAUUAUCUAAUUCAUGCUAUUUAGAAAUUAAUAAUUGUGAAACAUAUUUAAUUGAAAAUUCAACUCUAACUUGUAGUCAAUGUUCAAAUGGCUUUGAAUUGAUUAAAAAUAAUUGCUAUUAGAUGAAUACAGUUUCUAAUGAAUAGACAAUAGAAUUUGUAAAUGAUAAAGCUUUUCUAAAUAUUUUUAAAGUGUUAACUUUUUCAAAUGGCGAUCUUUUAUANUCCUUCCUAAAAUCUGGAUCAUCUCAAGAAAUGGUGACAUCUCCGUUAAAUAUAUUAAGUUAGUAUUAAUCAAAUACAAAAUUAUUAACUUAUGUAGAUACAAGAAAUUAAAUGUCAUAUGUUGUAUUCUAAGGAGUAAUGAAUAAUGUGAAUUAUAUAUUCUUUAUUCAAAGUAAAGGAUCAUACCUAUAUCAAGAUAAUUGUGAAACAAAUUGCUUUUAUUGUAAUAAUAAGAAUAUAUGCGUAAUUUGCAAAUAAGGUUAUACAUUACAGAGUAAUAAAUGCAACUUAAAAUUACCAGAUUAUUGUUCUAGUGGAAAUAAUGGAAGAUGUUCUUAAUGUGCUUUAGGUUACUCUGUCACAUCAGAUUAUAAAUGUUAGAUUAGCGAUUCAAAAUAUUAAGAGAUUAAAAUGAGUGUCUAUCCAGCUUCAAGUAGAUAAAGAAUUUCUACAUUAUCUAAUGGAGAUUAUGUUGUUGUAUGGUCAACUCAAUUUUAUCAAAAUGAAGGAACAGGAAUUUACAUGUCAUUGUACAAUUCUCAAGGAGUGUUAUUGAAAGAAUAAAUGAGAAUAUCUGAAUCAUCAGCAGGAAUUCAAUAAUAUCCUGAUGUUUAAGUAAUGAGCAAUGAUUAAAUAGUCGUUGUUUGGAUAGAUGGUAAUAUUUUAGUAAAUGCUCAUAUCAAGAUGUUAAGAUUUGAUAAAGAUUUCUUAAGAAUUGGAAGUGAAACUAUCAUAUAAUCAGAUAUUCAUCUUUAUUAUGCCUAAUCGUAUGAUACUCCAGUAAUCAUUUAAUCAAUUAUUAAUGGGUUUGUUAUAGUAUGGGCAGAAUAAGGAAAUCAGAAAUAAAUAUCAUUAAUUGCUAAAUUCUUUGACAAUAAUAAUAAUUUGCUUAAUACUUAAGUUAUCACUGAAAAUGAAUAAAUAAUAAAUGAACCUGUUGUUGCAUCAUCUUAAUCUAUUAUUGUGAUAUCUUGGUAAACAAAUAAAGGUGUUUUCGCUAGUUCAUAUAGUGUAAAUCAAGUGUUGAUAGAUAAAGUAUAAUUAUCAACAACAGGAGAAGCUCCUGCAAUCACAUCUUCAGAUACAUUCAUAAUUAUUGUUUGGAAAGAAUAUGUCAUUGAUGAGAAUGAUUUUAUGAGUUAGAAAAUCAGAUUCAGAAAAAUCUCAACAGAUUUAAAUCAAUAUCAAAUUUAGAGUCAUUUUGGUGUUUAUUAAGAAAAUCUAGAUAAUCCUGAUGUGAUAUCAAUUGAUAAUGGAUUUGCCAUUAUUGCUGAAAGCGCAUCUGUAUUAAAUGAUAAAGUCAGAACUAUCUAAAUGUAAUUGUUUAAUUUAGAUGGCUCAACAAAAUCGCAACCAGUGAUUAUUUAUUCUGUUUCAAACCUAUACCCACAUCAUCCCUAAUUAGCAAGCUAACCAUAGGGUAAUUUCAUAGCUUCAUGGACAGUCAGUAGUCUAAUAUCAUAAAUUUUAAGUGAUGAUGUCUAUAUGAAAAGAUAUAAGAGUGAUGGCACCUAAUUAGCAUUAAAUACAAUCGUUUGCUAAAACAAUUGCUAGACUUGUUCAACUAGUAAUGUUUGCUAAAGUUGUAAAUCAAAUUAUGUUCUAUUAUCUAAUUCAUGCUAUUUAGAAAUUAAUAAUUGUGAAACAUAUUUAAUUGAAAAUUCAACUCUAACUUGUAGUCAAUGUUCAAAUGGCUUUGAAUUGAUUAAAAAUAAUUGCUAUUAGAUGAAUACAGUUUCUAAUGAAUAGACAAUAGAAUUUGUAAAUGAUAAAGCUUUUCUAAAUAUUUUUAAAGUGUUAACUUUUUCAAAUGGCGAUCUUUUAUAUUUUUGGAUGGGAGAAUAUAAAAUAAUAACUCAAAGAUUUGAUAAGUUUGGUAAAAGAUAUUCCAAUCCUAAAGUAUUAUAAACAACAACUUCCUGUACAGAUUGCAGAUAUUACUUUGAUGUAUUAGCAUUGUACUUAAAGGAGGAUCUAUUUGUAAUUUCCUUUAAAGCUUUCUAAAAUUAGUAUGACUUUUAGGUAACAUAUAUAAAUAUUUUUGAUAUGAAUGAGAAAUGCAUAUCAAGUAAUGCAAUUUCCUCUAACACAGGGAAUUCUAAUUCUCUUAUAAUUUAAAAGUACUCAGACAACUUAGUUAAAUUAGUAUAAUUGGAAGAUAUGAAAUUAGGAGUGAUAUAAAUGGUGAUGAUAUAGGACGUUCCAAUUUUAUAGUUAGUUAUUCUUCCAUUAUUUUUGGAUAGCAUGCUCAAGAUUAAUUUUUCACCUACUUAAACGAUUUAAUUACUAACUUAUUCUUAAUUUAAGAACUCUGAAUAUGUUGAAAUCCAAUUAAUUGAUACUGAAAUUAAAAUCUUCAAUAAGAAUAAUUUUUAUAAUAGUUAUUUAUUGAGUAGUUUUGACAUCUUAGGGGUGAUGGUAAAUUAAAAUACUAUCGAGAAAUCAAAAAAUCAAAUUGAAUAUAAAAUAAUAUCAUUGAAUUCAAACAGUUAUUUACUUGUUUGGACAUCUAUUACCUCAUUUAAUUAUGAAGUACUCUUUUAGAUUACACAAAAAGAUGGACUCACAUUAACCAGUCCUUAGAAACUCUCAACAGAUGGUGAAAUCUAUAAACUAGAUUUAUAAAUUAAUACACUUGCCAAUUCAAUAUUGAUAACUUGGAGAGAAGGGUCAUAGUUUUCAGAUGCCAGUUUGAAUGCAGUUUACAAAGGAGCGCUUAUAUCCAAAUAAUCUUAUUAAUUGAUUGGUUAAAUAUUCUAAAUUAACUCACCGAAUGCUCACCUUAAAUCUUUGGGUAGACUUGAGGUAGUGUAAUUACAGAAUCAGGAUAUGAUAAUUAGCAUAAUGUUUUACAACAUUCUAGCUGACACCUAAAUUAUAAUCUCAUAUAAAUUCAAUGAAAUGGGUGAAAGAUUAGAAUUCUCUUAGAUGAGGUGUGGUUAUGCUUGUCAAGAAUGUAAUUAUUAAGGAUUUUGUUUCAAAUGUACAAACCCUGAUUUAUUUAUUUUAUAAAUUGAUGGAAAUUGUGUAAAAAAACCUGUGUAAUGUAUUAAUUUCAAAACCAAUUGUCAGGAUUGUCUUGAUGGCUAUUACAAAACCUAAUAUCUUACUUGCGAAAAAAUUAAUCAGCAAGUUGAAAAAACCAUUCUCUUUGAUUAUGAAAAAUAUAAUUAUUUCUAUUAGAUUGCUUCAUACUCAAAUGGUAAUUUCGUUAUUGUAAGUUCUAAAAACCAUUCAUUUAUUGAACUAAAUUUUUAUCAAAGUGAUGGAACUUAAAAGGUACAAAAACUCUAAACCAUAGGCCUUACAAAUAUUUAUAGUAUUAAUGAUAUAUCCAUAAUUAUUGAUGAGAAUAACUUACUUACAAUAUUUUAUUCUGUAUUACCCUUGACAUAUUCAGAUAAGAAUAUGUAUUACUAUUAAUAGUUUGAUUAAACAUUUAAUGAACUGACAGAAGCCAUCUUAUUGUAUUCUGGAUUAUAAUCGCAUGAAACAACAUCUAUCAAAGCCAAGAUUCUUAAUAGCGGAUAAUUAGCAAUAUUAAUUAAGAGUAGGUUUGAUAUCUACCUAUAAAUACUGAAAUUAAACUUUGAAUUUGUUGCUGAUAUCAAAUUACCUUUUAGUGAUAACUUCGAUUUGACAUCUAAUGGAGAAUAAAUUGCUUUUGCUUACAUUAAAGAUACAAUUAGCAUUCUUAAUAUCUUUGAUUUGGAAUUAAAAUUAAUUUAACAUCAAAUUAUUAAUGAUGGAGGAUUAAUUAAAUUGGCAUCUAAUGCACUUAAAUAAUUCAUUAUAGUUACUAACUAUUAAAUCAAUAUCUUUGCUUAAGGAUUGAUCAGCCAAUCUUUUAAUAUAAAUGGAUCAAGCUUAUAUCCAAUCAACAUAGCAAUAAGUGAUAUAAAUGAAAUUGUCAUACUAUCGUUCUAUUAGAAAUCCAAGUCUUAUCUUUUAUAUUAUUAUUCAAUGUAAGGGCUACUUAAAACUACUGUUUAAGUUAACAUGAAUUAUACUGAAAUACCUACACAAAAUAGUUGGUUGGCUAAGUUAUAGAAUAAUAAUUUUAUUGUAUUCUUUCACGCCGGAAAUAUAAACUAUAAUUGGAAGAUAAAUUUUGCAAGAUUUGAUUAGUUGGGAGUUACAAGGCCUGUAAAUGAAAAAAUUUGUCCACAAGGUUGUAUUACCUGCGAAACAUCUAUUGCAUGUGAUAUUUGUAGUUUUGGCUUCCAAAAGAAUAAUUAGACUUUACUUUGUGAAAAAUUAUGUCUCUAAGUUGAAUGCAGCAAAUGUAAAUUUAGUGAAUGCGACUAAUGCUCAGAUGGAUUCUAAUUUAAUGAAUUUGGAUAAUGUGAAAGAAAUCAACAAUCUAACGACCCUAAAGACACUUAUAAUCCAAAUUAUGAAGAAGAAGUGAAAGAUCCGAAUAGCCCAGCAUCACCUAUAGAUCCUAAAGACCCUAUUGAUGUUAAGGAUCCUAUAGACCCUACAGAUCCAACUGAUCCAAAAGACCCUACAGAUCCAACNAGUAUGACUUUUAGGUAACAUAUAUAAAUAUUUUUGAUAUGAAUGAGAAAUGCAUAUCAAGUAAUGCAAUUUCCUCUAACACAGGGAAUUCUAAUUCUCUUAUAAUUUAAAAGUACUCAGACAACUUAGUUAAAUUAGUAUAAUUGGAAGAUAUGAAAUUAGGAGUGAUAUAAAUGGUGAUGAUAUAGGACGUUCCAAUUUUAUAGUUAGUUAUUCUUCCAUUAUUUUUGGAUAGCAUGCUCAAGAUUAAUUUUUCACCUACUUAAACGAUUUAAUUACUAACUUAUUCUUAAUUUAAGAACUCUGAAUAUGUUGAAAUCCAAUUAAUUGAUACUGAAAUUAAAAUCUUCAAUAAGAAUAAUUUUUAUAAUAGUUAUUUAUUGAGUAGUUUUGACAUCUUAGGGGUGAUGGUAAAUUAAAAUACUAUCGAGAAAUCAAAAAAUCAAAUUGAAUAUAAAAUAAUAUCAUUGAAUUCAAACAGUUAUUUACUUGUUUGGACAUCUAUUACCUCAUUUAAUUAUGAAGUACUCUUUUAGAUUACACAAAAAGAUGGACUCACAUUAACCAGUCCUUAGAAACUCUCAACAGAUGGUGAAAUCUAUAAACUAGAUUUAUAAAUUAAUACACUUGCCAAUUCAAUAUUGAUAACUUGGAGAGAAGGGUCAUAGUUUUCAGAUGCCAGUUUGAAUGCAGUUUACAAAGGAGCGCUUAUAUCCAAAUAAUCUUAUUAAUUGAUUGGUUAAAUAUUCUAAAUUAACUCACCGAAUGCUCACCUUAAAUCUUUGGGUAGACUUGAGGUAGUGUAAUUACAGAAUCAGGAUAUGAUAAUUAGCAUAAUGUUUUACAACAUUCUAGCUGACACCUAAAUUAUAAUCUCAUAUAAAUUCAAUGAAAUGGGUGAAAGAUUAGAAUUCUCUUAGAUGAGGUGUGGUUAUGCUUGUCAAGAAUGUAAUUAUUAAGGAUUUUGUUUCAAAUGUACAAACCCUGAUUUAUUUAUUUUAUAAAUUGAUGGAAAUUGUGUAAAAAAACCUGUGUAAUGUAUUAAUUUCAAAACCAAUUGUCAGGAUUGUCUUGAUGGCUAUUACAAAACCUAAUAUCUUACUUGCGAAAAAAUUAAUCAGCAAGUUGAAAAAACCAUUCUCUUUGAUUAUGAAAAAUAUAAUUAUUUCUAUUAGAUUGCUUCAUACUCAAAUGGUAAUUUCGUUAUUGUAAGUUCUAAAAACCAUUCAUUUAUUGAACUAAAUUUUUAUCAAAGUGAUGGAACUUAAAAGGUACAAAAACUCUAAACCAUAGGCCUUACAAAUAUUUAUAGUAUUAAUGAUAUAUCCAUAAUUAUUGAUGAGAAUAACUUACUUACAAUAUUUUAUUCUGUAUUACCCUUGACAUAUUCAGAUAAGAAUAUGUAUUACUAUUAAUAGUUUGAUUAAACAUUUAAUGAACUGACAGAAGCCAUCUUAUUGUAUUCUGGAUUAUAAUCGCAUGAAACAACAUCUAUCAAAGCCAAGAUUCUUAAUAGCGGAUAAUUAGCAAUAUUAAUUAAGAGUAGGUUUGAUAUCUACCUAUAAAUACUGAAAUUAAACUUUGAAUUUGUUGCUGAUAUCAAAUUACCUUUUAGUGAUAACUUCGAUUUGACAUCUAAUGGAGAAUAAAUUGCUUUUGCUUACAUUAAAGAUACAAUUAGCAUUCUUAAUAUCUUUGAUUUGGAAUUAAAAUUAAUUUAACAUCAAAUUAUUAAUGAUGGAGGAUUAAUUAAAUUGGCAUCUAAUGCACUUAAAUAAUUCAUUAUAGUUACUAACUAUUAAAUCAAUAUCUUUGCUUAAGGAUUGAUCAGCCAAUCUUUUAAUAUAAAUGGAUCAAGCUUAUAUCCAAUCAACAUAGCAAUAAGUGAUAUAAAUGAAAUUGUCAUACUAUCGUUCUAUUAGAAAUCCAAGUCUUAUCUUUUAUAUUAUUAUUCAAUGUAAGGGCUACUUAAAACUACUGUUUAAGUUAACAUGAAUUAUACUGAAAUACCUACACAAAAUAGUUGGUUGGCUAAGUUAUAGAAUAAUAAUUUUAUUGUAUUCUUUCACGCCGGAAAUAUAAACUAUAAUUGGAAGAUAAAUUUUGCAAGAUUUGAUUAGUUGGGAGUUACAAGGCCUGUAAAUGAAAAAAUUUGUCCACAAGGUUGUAUUACCUGCGAAACAUCUAUUGCAUGUGAUAUUUGUAGUUUUGGCUUCCAAAAGAAUAAUUAGACUUUACUUUGUGAAAAAUUAUGUCUCUAAGUUGAAUGCAGCAAAUGUAAAUUUAGUGAAUGCGACUAAUGCUCAGAUGGAUUCUAAUUUAAUGAAUUUGGAUAAUGUGAAAGAAAUCAACAAUCUAACGACCCUAAAGACACUUAUAAUCCAAAUUAUGAAGAAGAAGUGAAAGAUCCGAAUAGCCCAGCAUCACCUAUAGAUCCUAAAGACCCUAUUGAUGUUAAGGAUCCUAUAGACCCUACAGAUCCAACUGAUCCAAAAGACCCUACAGAUCCAACUGAUCCAACUGAUCCUAAAGACCCUACAGAUCCAACUGAUCCUACUGAUCCAACUGAUCCAAAAGACCCUACAGAUCCAACUGAUCCAACAGACCCUACAGAUCCAAAAGACCCUACAGAUCCAACUGAUCCAAAAGACCCUACAGAUCCAACUGAUCCAACUGACCCUACAGAUCCAAAAGACCCUACAGAUCCAACUGAUCCAACAGACCCUACAGAUCCAACUGAUCCAACAGACCCUACAGAUCCAACUGAUCCAACAGACCCUACAGAUCCAACUGAUCCAACAGACCCUACAGAUCCAACUGAUCCAACAGACCCUACAGAUCCAACUGAUCCAACAGACCCUACAGAUCCAACUGAUCCAACAGACCCUACAGAUCCAACUGAUCCAACAGACCCUACAGAUCCAACUGAUCCAACAGACCCUACAGAUCCAACUGAUCCAACAGACCCUACAGAUCCAACUGAUCCAACAGACCCUACAGAUCCAACUGAUCCAACAGACCCUACAGAUCCAACUGAUCCAACAGACCCUACAGAUCCAACUGAUCCAACAGACCCUACAGAUCCAACUGAUCCAACAGACCCUACAGAUCCAACUGAUCCAACAGACCCUACAGAUCCAACUGAUCCAACAGACCCUACAGAUCCAACUGAUCCAACAGACCCUACAGAUCCAACUGAUCCAACAGACCCUACAGAUCCAACUGAUCCAACAGACCCUACAGAUCCAACUGAUCCAACAGACCCUACAGAUCCAACUGAUCCAACAGACCCUACAGAUCCAACUGAUCCAACAGACCCUACAGAUCCAACUGAUCCAACAGACCCUACAGAUCCAACUGAUCCAACAGAUCCUACAGAUCCAACUGAUCCAACAGACCCUACAGAUCCAACUGAUCCAACAGACCCUACAGAUCCAACUGAUCCAACAGAUCCAACAGAUCCAACUGAUCCAACUGAUCCUAAAGACCCUACAGAUCCAACUGACCCUACAGAUCCAACUGACCCUACAGAUCCAACUGAUCCUACUGAUCCAACUGAUCCAAAAGACCCUACAGAUCCAACUGAUCCAACAGACCCUACAGACCCUACAGAUCCAACUGAUCCAACUGACCCUACAGAUCCAACUGAUCCUACUGAUCCAACUGAUCCAACUGAUCCAACGGACCCUACAGAUCCAACUGAUCCUACUGAUCCAACUGAUCCAAAAGACCCUACAGAUCCAACUGAUCCAACAGACCCUACAGACCCUACAGAUCCAACUGAUCCAACUGACCCUACAGAUCCUACUGAUCCAACUGAUCCAAAAGAUCCAACUGAUCCAAAAGAUCCAACUGAUCCAAAAGAUCCAACAGAUCCAACUGAUCCAACUGAUCCAACUGAUCCUAAAGACCCUACAGAUCCAACUGAUCCAACAGACCCUACGGAUCCAAAAGACCCUACAGAUCCAACUGAUCCAACAGACCCUACAGAUCCAACUGAUCCAACGGACCCUACAGAUCCAACUGAUCCUACUGAUCCAACUGAUCCAACAGAUCCAACUGAUCCUAAUAGUCCUAUUAAUAUUGGAACUAUUGAGCAUCCUGUUGGAGAUAAAUGUAAUUUACAAAUGCAGAAUAAGCUAAUUAAUUUUGUAGAUAAUAGAUAUGCUAUUAUUUAUAUUUGUAAUAGCAUGUUUAGCGCCAGAUUAUUUAAUAAAGAUGGAUUGGAAAUUUAGAGCAUAAGCAUAACAGUUGAAAUUGUGUUUAUUUUAGAUACAAUCUUAUUUUAGGAUUAAAUUAUUUUAGCAAUUGUUUUUGUAAACAGACCAAACUAAUAUCAAAUUUUUUCAAUCGAUAAUAGUUUUUAAACUUUAAAUUAUAAAUUAGAGAUAAAUACGGAUUCUAUUAUUCAUAGUAUUUAACUUCAGCCAAUGACUCAAAAUUUUGUAAUUUUAAUCUCAAAUGAUAAAUAAGUUGAAAUUGACUAAACUUUUAUUAAUUGUCAGUCUCAAAUGUUAACAAUUUUUGAUUUUGGUUUUUCAUAAACAGCUAACAAAGUAGAUUUCAACUAUCCUGAUGGAAUUACUUAGAAUACUUGUAAUUAAAACAAAGUAUCCGAAAUUAAAAUUGUUGACAAUAUCAUAUACACAUUAGCAAUAAGUUAAACAGGAGGGCAAUUAAUAUCUUUAGAUUCUUUUGGAAUAGUUCUAUAGUCAUUUACAUUAGAUAUUCCUAAUAUUGAAAAAAUUAAAUUUGAGAUUAAUUAAGAAACUAUUAUCUUUAUUUACAAGACAUUUGAAGCAUAAGAUUGGAGUUUAAGAAUUUGCAAUAAGAUAUUAAUAAUCAUUUUUGAUAAAUUAGACUUUAUUCCUGGAAAUUCAGAUAUUUAAUUGGCCAUUGUGUCUAACAACCUAUUCAUAUAAUGGACUUAAAAUGAUAACCUGAAAAAUUCCUCAUUUUAGUUCUUAGAUUUGUAAGGAAAUGAACUUUCAACAGGAGUUAUAUCUAGUGAUGCUUAGAUUAGUAGUACUUAAAUAACUGUUUUGAUGAAAGGUUAUAUUGGAUUUACUUGGACUGUUCAAAACGAAAAUGGUGAAUGGGUAAUUUCUUAUGCUGUCAUGAAUUAAAGUGGAUAAUUUGUUGAUAAAAUUGAGAUUCAGUGUUCUGAAAAUUGUUAAACAUGCCUUACUGAGAAAUACUGUACAUAAUGCCAAACUAGAUAUAUGAUAUAAGAAAUUGGUUAUAACGAAAACUAUUGUUAGAAAUCAUGUGACCCUAAUUGCUUAUCAUGUGAUUAUUACAAAAAUUGUUAGAUUUGCAAAGACACAUAUUAUAAAUAAAAUGAUUCAUGCAUAUUAGAUGAAGUGUAAGCUAAAUCAAUUCGAAUUAAUUAAGAAGCUUCAUUAGGUUUGGCAAAUUAAGAGGGAGCUAAAUUUAGUGAUGGUUCAAUAAUAGUAGUAUGGUCAAGUUAUUUUUAAGAUAUUAAUAGUUGGGGAGUAUUUGGUCAAUUAAUUGAUAAUAAUGGUGUUAAAAUUGGUGAUAAUCUAUAAAUUAAUACUAAAUCUAAAGGUAAUGAGCACUCCCCAAAAAUUGCAGUUCUAUCGGAUGAUACAGUUGUAAUAAUUUAUGUUGAUGGUGAUCCGUAAAUGAGUGAAGCGAUAAUAAAGGCUUCAAAAUUUGAUAAGUAUAUGCAACGAAUUGGAGAUGAAUUUGAAGUUGGUACAAUUCGGUAUAUUGAAAAGACUUUAUUUGGUGAAGCAUAAUGGAAAAUAGUAAGUUUAAAAAAUGGAGGAUUUGUCAUUGAAUAUUUAACACAGAGAACUAAAGUUAAAAAUUAAAUUUGCCUAAAUUUCUAUGAUUCAUUAGGCAAUUUAGUAGCUUAAUAAUCAAUUGAAGGAUAACCAAAUCUAAUGUUCUAUCCUCAUUUAUUAGCUGCUAAUGAUAUUAGUGUUGCUUUAUUCUAUUGUGAAUAAAAUAUGGGAUUUGCAGUUAAUUUGUAUUCAUACGAAGGUAGUUUAUUUAAAAAAAAAUAAUUGAAUAUGUUCAAUUAGUUUCGGCUUGAUAGGGUAUUUUUAGAGCAUACAAGCGAUUUUUAUGCAGUAGGAUAUUUAAUGUAUCAAGAAAAAUAUUUUGUCUAAGUAUAGUUAUUCGAUAAAGAUUUUAUUGAAUUUGGAGAUCCAUUAACAAUUAAAUAAUUAGACUACUUUCAAGAAAUUUAAAUGAAUCAAUGUGAUGAAGGAUUACUAUUAUUAGUCCAUUUGUGGGUUAGUCAGUAAGAUAUUUAAGAGCUUUAUUUCAUAAAGGACAAAUAAUUUUCCUUAAUAAAUACAUUCCGCAUAGAUGCUUCUUAUUUGUAAAAAAUGAAUGAGUACAAAAACUUUAAGAUCAUUCCAUCCUUGAAUUAGUAAUUCUUUAUAUUAUGGAUAAAGUAAAAUAAAUUCAGUGUCUUCGAUAAUUAUCAUCUUUACUUAUAGUUUCUAUCAUAUGAUUAAUAAAUAAUUGUAAAAGAUUAGAUUGUUUGUCUAUUGAAUUGUUAAAAAUGUUAGGAUUCUACUCAUUGUGAUCAAUGUCUUGAUCAUUAUUACUAAAAUGAAAAUCGAUGUGAUGCUAUUUGCGAAGUAGGAUGUGCUUACUGUAAUUUUCCAUAUUAUUGUACUAUAUGCUAAAAAGACUAUUAUUUAAUUGAAGAAGGAAAAUGCUCUAAAGUUCCUAUAUAUUAAACUUAAUUGUUAAUAGAGUAUUAAGUAGGCGAAGUUUUUUAAAAAGUAAAAACUGUGAAUGAGAAUUAGUAAGUUUAUUUUUCUUUAUUCCUUUCAUAUCUAAAUAUUAAGAUAAUGAAUGGAGAAUAGAUAGUAAAUAGUUUUUCUGUUAAUUAUUAAAGUUCAGAAUAUAUGACAUACGUAACAAUAUUUUAUGAAGAUGAAAAUGUCAUAAUUAUUUUCUAUUCUUAAAAUAGAGAAAUAUAAGUACAAAGAUAUGACUUAAAUUCCAAGUUAUUAAGUUAAGUUAUGUUAGACUUUUCAUAAUUUUCAGAAAUUUAGAUUUCAGAUUAUGCCAUAUUUUUAGAACCAAUUUAGGGUUUCUAAUAUAUUCUUACAUUUUAUGAAGAAAUAUUGAUAGAAAACUCAAUUUAAAAUGAAAACUAAAUUAAUUUUUAUUAUGCUAAAUUAGAUUUAGGAUUAUAAAAAGUAGAAGAUAUUUAGAUAAUUUUUACAUAAGUAUAAUAAUAUAGGUUUAACAUUGUUAAAGGAUUUGAUUAUAUUACAUUAUUUGAUUAAUAUGGUCAGCGUUUCUAAAUACAAAAAGAUAAAAUAGAAGAAAAGUUCUGUGAUACCCCUCGAUUGUAUGAAGGAGACUCAUGUAGUUUACCCGUAUCAGAAAACUGGAAUUUAAUCAAAUUAUUUAAUGAAUAUGGAUUUAGUUCGUUGGCUUUGAGCCCAUUUACUAUUGGUUUAUUUGAUAGUAAAGUUUAAUAUCAAAUCGAAGAUGGAUAAGGUGAAAUUAAAUUCUAAAAUACAAAUGUUUUGAAUAAAGGUAUGAAUAGAUAAACAAUUGUUAAAGUAUUAAAAUAUAUCAACUCAUUUGUCACAUUCAUUUAACAAGAAAACUAAGAACUAAUUUAUGAGCAAAAAAAUUUGAUAGCUUAAUUUAUAUAUAAUACCGGCAGAAAAAUAGGAGAUUAGAUAUAUAUUUGUUCUUUACCUUAAAAUGUCUUGGAAAUUAUUUAAUAUAACAAUGGAUUCAAAAUAUUAAUGUAAAAAGAUGAAUGUAAUGAUGAAACAUGCACUAGUCAUUUAUUUUAGACGAUAUUUGAUAGAGAAAAUGAUCUACCAGAUCCAGACCAGCCUUAAUUAAUAAUGAAGGACCCUAUCAAAGAUGGAAAAGGUAUUGAAAUUGCAGAUAAAUGCAGUUAAUAACCAAUUAAAGAUCUUAUGAAAUACUCUAACAAGGAUUAUGCAAUACUAUAUAUUUGUUAGAAUGUGUUGAGAAUGAGAAAAUUCAAUUCAGAUGGAGAAGAAUUAAAAUUUGUUGAAAUUACUGUUGAAAAUAUUCAUCUUUUUGAUGUAACUAUAGUAAAUGAUCAAAUCUACAUAAUUAUGGUUUAUGAUUCAGAUAAAAAAAUUAGUAAGGUUUAUAAAUUAGAUGAAAGUUCAAAUAAAUUGAUACCAUAAUUAGAUCAAAGUUGUGAGUUAGAUAUUUAAGAUAUUAAAAUUGAAAGUUUACCAAUGAAGUAUCUUCUUUUCAUUACUUGUCUAAAGAAUUAUGUAUUUGAUGGAGUCUCUUAAAUUGCAUAAUCAUAAUCAUUGUUUAUUUAUGAUAUUUCAAAUGUAAUGGUCUUUUAAAAGAUAGAUAUAAAUAAUCCUUAAAUCUUUACAAUUGAUGAUUGUAAUAAAAAUAUCAUUAAAGCUAUUAAAGUAUUAGAUUCCUCGAUCUAUUUAAUAAAUAUCAAUCAAUUUAGUCUUAAAUUGAUGGUAAUUAGUGACUAUGGACUUUACCAGUCUACUACUAGUACUAAUUUUCCUUAUGUCUCUGAAGUCAAACUUGAAAUGAGUAAAGAAUUCGUUGUAUUAAUGUACAAAUUAAAGGGAAAAAAAGAUUGGGUAUUUAGUAUUGGUAGGGACAUUUACUAGUGCCUAUUUAAUAGCUAUAGAUCUGAUUAAAGAUUCACAGAUUUUUCGAUUGCAAUAUUUUAGAAUUAGAUUGCUAUCACUUUUUGUGAAAAACUAAACUAAUAUUUAGUUUAUAAAAUAUUGAAUAGCGAUGGAGAAACUAUAAUUUAGUAACAAAUUUAAAUUGAUUCAUAAAUAAGUAGACCAUUGCUAGUUUCCUUCUCUAAUUAGCAAAUGGGAUUUGCAUGGGAAUAUUAAAAUAGUGAAGCACAAUGGGGAUUAUAAUUAUCAAUACUUAGCAAUACUGGAGAUUUAGAUAAGUUAUUAAUUAAUGUUUGUUCACCUAAUUGCGAGUCAUGCAUAAGCAAUACUGAAUGUAAAACAUGUAUGAAUGGAUAUGAAAUUUGGUAUGAUAAAUUGAAAGGUGGGUUGUUUUGCAAAAUUUAGAAUAAAUCUUCUUGUCUUUACCUUUAAGGUGAUGCAUGUUUGAUUUGCCCUUCAUAGCUUUAUCCUUAUGAAUCAGAUUGUAUAGUUGAUGAUUUCUAAUCUAAGUCAUUAGUUGUUAAUGAAUUUACCUAUUUCACUCAAACUAAGCCUUCUAUAGCUGGAUUUAGUGACGGUUCCGUAAUGGCAAUCUGGAAUGGUAAUUAUGAAGAUGGAUUUAAUUGGGGUGUUUAAGGUUAGGUACUAGAUAGUUAGAGAGAAAAAAUAGGAAUUAACUUUUAAGUGAAUUAAAUUACUCAAGGAAACCAACAUUCGGCUUAGAUUUCGAUAUUAAAUGAUGAUACUGCCAUUAUCUUAUAUAUUGAUGGUAAUCCAGAAGAAGGAGCAAUACUAAAGGUUGCCAGAUUCACCAAAAAUUAAUAACGAAUUGGUGACGAUAUUGAUAUAGAUGUAAUUAGAUAUUAUAGGUUUGAUAUUACUAAUGAUAACGUUGCAAAAGUGAUUAAACUAAAGAAUGGAGGAUAUGUAAUUGGAUACUUAACAUUAGUUGGAGAGCCAUUAUAAAAAGCAUUAAAAUUAAAGUUCUAUAAUUCUGGCAAUUAGUAAAUUAGCAAUUUAAUUAAAACUAUAGAACAAUUUAGUUCAAUUGAUGAUAUAUUCUUGAUAUCAUCUACUGAUUAGAAUGUUGCAAUUAUACAUGCAUUUUAAGUACAUAUUUAUUCAUUGGAUGGAUCAUUACUUAUUUCAAAAGAUUUUAUGCUUUAAUUCUUUUUAAAUUAAGCUUAUUUAAGUAGUAUCUCUUAAUAUUUUGUCUUAGUAUUUUAUACUUAUGAUAAUAAUAAUAUAUCAGCAUAUGCUCAAUUUUAUGAUUAAAAUUUUGUGCCUUCAGGAGAUAAAAUAUUGAUAAAAUCGAUUCCCUAAUAGGUAGAUGGUAAGUACAUGUAAAUUUCCUAUAUUCAAGUUGAUUAAUAUAAAGGAGGGCUUUCUGUGAUAAUUGAAUUUGUUAAAAAUGGCUAAUCUUCAACAUAAGAACAGUACUAUUUAAAUUCUAAUAUGGAAAUUCAAUAUAUGAAUUAAUAUAAGAUCAAAAAUAAUUGGAGCGUAUUAACAAGAAUGAAAAUCGCUGAAUCAGUGGAUCAAUCAUUUUUUGUGAUCUGGGCUAAGGUGAACAUAUUUGAUUUUUAUGACAACUCUAAUAUUUGGAUAUAAAAAAUGACUGGCACAGGAGAACAUUCCACUCAAUUAAUAAUCUAAUGUAAUAAGGGUUGCACCAAAUGUAUCACUCAAUAUGAAUGUACAUAAUGCGUGGGUGACUAUUUACUAAUAGAUUAGUAUUGUCAUCCAGUUUGCUAAUAGAACUGUAAGAGUUGUAUCAUGCCUUCAGUUUGUAUUCAAUGUAAGGAUGGAUACUAUGAAGAAAUUUAAGGAUUAUGCUCUCUUCUAAAGCCAAGCUAUCAUUAACCUUAACCUUUAAUUCCUUAAGAAAUUUAGGGUGAAACUAAGGCAUUGGUAAGUUCAAGUGAUGGAACUUCAUGCUUCUUCACUUUAUAUCGUUCACAAGAUAGCGAAAAUUAUUAAUGGAAUGCUUAUUUCAUUUUUGAGUCAUAAUUAACUAAGAAAUUAACAAUAUAGAAAUAAAUCAAUUAUUUCACUAAUUUAGAAGUUUAAAAAAUUGAGUAAGAUUAUGUAGGAGUUAGUUAUUUUUAUGACUAAAUAGAGGUUUUCAGAAUUGGUUAAAAUUAAUAAGUGAUCAUACAUAAAGUUAUAUAUCUCCAAUUGAUCGAUUCAGAUUCAUCUACAUAUAAAGAUUGGGCCGUUUUAGUGGCAUUGAUAAAUAAUUAAUAUUCUCUAACUUACAUUUAAAAUGCAUAUGAUAAAGGUUCAUAAGGAAAGAUUUACAAGAUAACUUUGGAUUCUGAAUUAGUUCCUAUUGGAUAGCCCUAAGUUAUUUUCCAAUAAGAGAAUUUAAGCUCAAAAGAAAGAAUUGAUUCUACUACUUAUAGCUUUUAUUCCAUAAAUGGAAUAAUUCUAUGGACAGGAGAGUAAUUGAUAUAGAGGAAUUGCCCAUAUUCUUAAAUUUUGAAUAGCUAUUCCUGUAAUAUAUUUGACUUGUAAAAUGGUAAUCUAAUCUAAAUAUUUACACAAUUUUUUUUCGAACCGAAUGCUUUUGUGAAAGGAGGAUAAUUGAGUUAUUACAGACUACUAAAUAAGGAAUACACACCUAUAACUUUAGAAAUGAAAAUAAAUGAAAAUAAAUUGCAAUAGCAAGAAUUUAUAAAAUUUUUAUCCUUUUCAAAUACAUUUGCCAUAGUAUUAAAGGAAUAUCCUAGUUAUAAUUCGUUUAAGUUCUAAUUGGUAAUUUAAUACUUUGAAAAUUCUGGUACAAAACUAGGUUCACAAAUAUAUAUUGGCUUAUUUUAAUCUGAUACAUUUAUAAAGUUUAUUUAAUUAGAGAAAAGUUGUUAGAUAUUUUGGUAAGAAAGAAAGUGCUUGGAUGAAAUAUGCUUAACAUAAUAAAAUAUGAUAUUAUUUAAGGAGUAUGAUGAAUAAGGAAAUGAAAUUACUAAUAGUUAAAAUAUCAAAUGCAUGUAAUAAUGUGAUGAAUGUAUAAAUGAAAGUUUUUGUACUAAAUGUAGUACAAAUUACAAUUUAGAUGCUAAUUCAUAAUGUGUAUUAUAAUGCCCAACAAACUGCAACAAAUGUUCAGUUGUUUCUUAAUGCGAGAUUUGCUAAACUGGUUAUGAAUUAAUUAAUUAUCAGUGCAUCAAAUUAAAUUGCCCAAAUAAUUGUGAUAAAUGUUAUAAGGAAUAAAAUAACAUUGUAUGUUAUUAAUGCCAAGAUAAUUAUUAUUUGAAUCAAUUAGACUGUUUACCUUAAUGUCCAUCCACUUGCAGAACUUGUGACUUACCAUUGAUUUGUACAAGUUGUCCUGAAGGUUUUGUAUUGACAUCAGAUGCUAAAUGUAAAUUUGAAGACUAAACUGUUAUUNAUCAAUUAUUUCACUAAUUUAGAAGUUUAAAAAAUUGAGUAAGAUUAUGUAGGAGUUAGUUAUUUUUAUGACUAAAUAGAGGUUUUCAGAAUUGGUUAAAAUUAAUAAGUGAUCAUACAUAAAGUUAUAUAUCUCCAAUUGAUCGAUUCAGAUUCAUCUACAUAUAAAGAUUGGGCCGUUUUAGUGGCAUUGAUAAAUAAUUAAUAUUCUCUAACUUACAUUUAAAAUGCAUAUGAUAAAGGUUCAUAAGGAAAGAUUUACAAGAUAACUUUGGAUUCUGAAUUAGUUCCUAUUGGAUAGCCCUAAGUUAUUUUCCAAUAAGAGAAUUUAAGCUCAAAAGAAAGAAUUGAUUCUACUACUUAUAGCUUUUAUUCCAUAAAUGGAAUAAUUCUAUGGACAGGAGAGUAAUUGAUAUAGAGGAAUUGCCCAUAUUCUUAAAUUUUGAAUAGCUAUUCCUGUAAUAUAUUUGACUUGUAAAAUGGUAAUCUAAUCUAAAUAUUUACACAAUUUUUUUUCGAACCGAAUGCUUUUGUGAAAGGAGGAUAAUUGAGUUAUUACAGACUACUAAAUAAGGAAUACACACCUAUAACUUUAGAAAUGAAAAUAAAUGAAAAUAAAUUGCAAUAGCAAGAAUUUAUAAAAUUUUUAUCCUUUUCAAAUACAUUUGCCAUAGUAUUAAAGGAAUAUCCUAGUUAUAAUUCGUUUAAGUUCUAAUUGGUAAUUUAAUACUUUGAAAAUUCUGGUACAAAACUAGGUUCACAAAUAUAUAUUGGCUUAUUUUAAUCUGAUACAUUUAUAAAGUUUAUUUAAUUAGAGAAAAGUUGUUAGAUAUUUUGGUAAGAAAGAAAGUGCUUGGAUGAAAUAUGCUUAACAUAAUAAAAUAUGAUAUUAUUUAAGGAGUAUGAUGAAUAAGGAAAUGAAAUUACUAAUAGUUAAAAUAUCAAAUGCAUGUAAUAAUGUGAUGAAUGUAUAAAUGAAAGUUUUUGUACUAAAUGUAGUACAAAUUACAAUUUAGAUGCUAAUUCAUAAUGUGUAUUAUAAUGCCCAACAAACUGCAACAAAUGUUCAGUUGUUUCUUAAUGCGAGAUUUGCUAAACUGGUUAUGAAUUAAUUAAUUAUCAGUGCAUCAAAUUAAAUUGCCCAAAUAAUUGUGAUAAAUGUUAUAAGGAAUAAAAUAACAUUGUAUGUUAUUAAUGCCAAGAUAAUUAUUAUUUGAAUCAAUUAGACUGUUUACCUUAAUGUCCAUCCACUUGCAGAACUUGUGACUUACCAUUGAUUUGUACAAGUUGUCCUGAAGGUUUUGUAUUGACAUCAGAUGCUAAAUGUAAAUUUGAAGACUAAACUGUUAUUGAUUAAGUCAAAAAUACAAGUGUGAGCACACCAAUAAGAUAUACAUUCCCAGAUGGAUCCUAUGUAUUAGUGUGGUACUAAAAUGGUGAAAAAGCAGGAGUAUAUUUCUAAUUAUACUCUGUCGAUAAUUCUAAGGUAGGAAGUGAAAUCAUAGUAUCAGAUUAGACAAGAAGAUUGUUAGUGGAUUCUUCAAUAACGAAAUAAUAUUAUGCUCAUUUAGCAGCUCUUGAUUACAACUUUUAUAUUCUUUGGGCUGAUUCUACCUCAGAUUAGACUAAUUUCCUUUUACAAGAAUUCGAUUCUACUGGUACUAAAUUAACAUCUGCUUAGUCAAUUGGAGUAUCUAAUAACAAUGUUGUGUCAUCACUGACUCAACCUUGUUAAUUAUUACCACUAUCCAAUAAGAAUAUGCUUGUAUCAUUCAUGACUCAAAGCCCUGAAGAUUAAUCAAAUUACAACUUUAAAUACUAAUUAAUUGAUCCUAAUCUCUAAGGUAUCAAUUCAGUUUAAGAGAUUCCUAAUGUGAGUUAUUAAACAAUUCCUUCAAUUACAGAGGGAGACUAAGGAAUGAUAUAUAUUAGUUACACAAGCAAUGGAUAUGUGUUUGUCCAAUAAAUCACCUAAUUUGGAAAUCCAGUUAAUUAGCCUUAAGCCAUUAGUGAUGAUGGAAUAUUUACACUUAAAACAGCUUAUCUUCAAAGCGGAAUGUUUGUAUUCUUAUGGGAAAACAAGAAUGUACAAACUUACAAAGUCAUGUUAAGUCUUAACUAUUAAUUAGUUUCUAAGGAUUUAUCUUCAAAAAGUGAAGUUAAGGGAAUUGGAAGUCCUUAAGUUAAAGAAUAAACACCAGAUUUAAAAUAAUUCAAUAAUGGAUUCAUUGUAGCAUGGUAAACUACAGAUUCACAAUACUAAGCAGAUGGAAUAAAAUUCUAAAUAUUUGAUUCGUUGGGUGUCUAAUUGACUUAGAUUAUAAAUGUAGCCAUUUCAGGAAAAUAUCCUUAAAAUCCUAACAUUCAAAUAAUAAAUGAUGAUUAGUUUGCCAUUACAUACAUAUCCAAAGGUUUAGAUGUUGAUGGAUCUAUUUUGGGAGAUAGUAUUCAAAUCAAGUACUAUAAUAAAUAAGGACAAGAGUACUUUGUCACAACUUCUCAAUUAUGUGGAAAAGAAUGUAACAUUUGCUAAUCUCCAUUAAAUUGCUAUAGAUGCUCAUAUGGUUAUUAUCUAUCUUAAGAUAAUUAAUGCAUCAUGGAUUGUGGUCUCUAUUGCAAUUAGUGUGAAGUACCUUUGGUAUGUUAAUCUUGUGUAAGUGGUUACGAAAUAAAUUCAAGUAAUUCCUGUACUGAAGUGUCAUGUCCUGCAGGAUAUUAAAGAAACUAAAAGACUAAAUUAUGUGAUCCUGAAUGUCCAAGUGAAUGUGUUUGUACACUUCCAAAUAUCUGUAGUUCUUGCAUAGCUGGUUAUUAUUUGAAGGAUAGUAAAUGUAAUUUAACAUCUAAUCUUUACCCUGAAAGUCCAAUUUCUAAUCCCUAUGUAUUCUAUGCACUGAUAGUUGUUUGUAUAAUGUUACUAAUAUCUUGGAUAUGCUGUUAUAAAUGCUACAUUCACCAUAGAAAAAAUGACAAAGUGCAUUUAGUCAAAGUGUCUAAUACAAUUGAAGAAAUCAACGAACAACACCCUGCUGCAGCAUAUUAGUAGUCAUUCUAAGAUAACAUAUUAAAAAUCAGUCCUUAAGUAUAAGAAGAUGAGAUUAAGCAAGAUUUCAUAAUGAAGAAUGAUUUCUUGAAAAAGGAAGACUCUAUGAAAAAUGAAGACUCCAUGUAAAAUGAAGACUUUAUGAAAAAUGAAGACUCCAUUUAAAAGGAACGCUCUAUAGAAAAAGAGGACUAUAUGUAAAAGGAGGACUCCAUGAAAUGGGAGAACUAAAUGAAAAGAGGAAAAACAAUCAAAAAGAUGGACUCCAUUAAAAAGGAAGAGUUUAUGAUGAAGGAAGAGAAACAUUUUGAGAAUAAACUAUAGAUUAUUCUGAUAGAUAAUGAGGAUGAUAGUGUAUCACAAGUUGGUUAAUUUUAACAAAUAGAUAAGGAAGCCCCCCAAAAUUAAUUUUUAUAGAUCUAUAGUUUGGAUGAAAAAUGA